GAAUUCACCACUUUUCGGCUUUUGAGAGCGUCAAUAAUAUAUUUCCUCAUUCGGAAUUGAUCGUGUGGCUCCGUGGAUCGCGCGACUGAUUCUUCCGCACGCCCAGGAAUGGAUCCCAAGCUGGUUCGAAUCCCUCAGCUGACUGCUGCCAGAUGCAAGUUCGAUGGAUUACUGCAGCAGAUCGCCGAGCGUAUGGACGAUGUGAGCGGCGAUGAGAAGGCUCCGGAAGACGUGAAACCAGCAGACCCUAAGCAGCACACAGGAGCAUUCCAGAAACCAGUGAAGAAAAAACUCGAAACAACUUCCGGUACCGUGAUCACAAAGAUCCAAGAUUGUUCCCUGGACAUGGCCCUCUUCAAUGAUUCGAGCGUACUCUAUCCCAUGGUUCGGGCCUGGUGUAGGAACGAUAACAGUCGUGAAUGUGUGAGUCUCCAAAGCAUAAUGAGCUCAGACGAAGAGGAACAGGACGACCAUCGUAUCGUGACGAUGAUGCCCCCUCCGCAUCCCCGGGAUGAAGAUGUGCCCAGAAUUCCGAGUGGUCUCCCCCCGCACGGAUGUGAUGUCAUUCCAAUCGCAGCGGAAGGAGACGACCUGCCAGAUCCCGGAUAUUUGCUUCAAGAGCAUCUGCUUCGGUGGAAAAUCGUGCGCCAACAGUGGCGAGAAGCUUCCGCGCUCAAUGAUGCGAGGUAUUUCGAGAGUUGCGAAAUCCUCGCAAAGUGCCAAGCGAUCGAAGAAGCCUCCCCUGAACCCCAGCAUGAAUGGGACGGUAUCGAGCCGCUUCCAUGAAGGAGCGUAUCCAUCCGGGAGAGAUGAAUCUCCCAUCUCUUCAUCACCAUUGUAUCAUUGAGCCUCUAUCAAUCCCAUGCAUUGAGCUCUCAUCGAGCGAAGAAGAACGUCUAAGGAUUUUCCGAAAAAUAAAGUUUAAAAG